UACCCACUCAUUUCCCUGCUGCUCUCACCAUGAAGCCUGUCUAUUACUAAUUUUACACGCCAUAGUUUGAACCUAAAUUUGGUAUUGCAGAUACCACUGGAUUCUAAUCUGAAAUGGUGUGACACGACAGGAAGACAGACAGAUAUUUUGAUCAACAGCAGAACUCUAAGAUAAAGCUGGAUGGUGAAUAAAUAGAAGUAGCUUUCUGAAGAACCAAGAAAGGACUGUCUCAGAGAGCAAAAUCCACUGUGUGCCUGAAAUUGUUGUGCAUGUCAGUAUGCUUUAAUCAAUUCUGCAGUAACAGUUUGUAUGUGAAGGACUCUGAGGAGAUGAGAUAACCUGUUGGGGGACAACAUCAGAAGAUUCUUCAGCAAAAUAUCAAGACAGAGAUUAAGGACAGCAUCAAGUUACCCAACAGCAGAGACAGCGAGGCAGGAGACUGCAACCUGUGUGUUCGAGCGGUCAAGGAAGAAGAAGUGGGGAGAGAGGAGUGACGGAAGCCACCCGCGAACAUAUCCAACAAUGAUCUGCUGCACAAACCAGAGUAUGUGGCUUCAGCAAGGACCUCCACCCCUCCUACAAAGUCUUUGACAAACUGGGGGAGCAUCAGACCCAGUGUCACCCUCUGACCAUAAAUGUAACUGAGGUCAGACUCCCUCAUUCCUGCUGCAAUGAAGAGUCACAGCCUGCUGUCCCUCACUGUGGCCUUGCUGGGUUUUCUGAGCCAGUGUCUGACAAGGCUCACUCCCAGAGUCUCCUUCCCUAUUGGAAGUCCUGGGAGACAUCUCACCCGCUUCAAUAGCCAUGAUGUCAGCAACACCACCACAUUGCUGCUCAGUGAGGGUGGAGACAUGCUGUAUGUAGGAGCCCGAGAUGCGUUGUUAGCACUGGAUGUUAGCCACAAGGACGCCAUCAUACUGAAGACCAAGCGGGACUGGAGCCCUUCAGACAAAGAUGUUGAGCAAUGUUCCAUGAAAGGCAAGAAAAUGGCUGAUUGUCCCAAUUUCAUCCGUGUACUGCAGUACUUGAACGCCUCCCAUAUCUAUGCCUGUGGAACAUUUGCCUUCAGCCCACGCUGCACCUAUGUUGACUCAGAGACGUUAUCGAUGAGCAUCAAGCCUGAUGAAGGCAGAGGUCGUUGUCCCUAUGACCCCUACCAACGCAACACUGCUAUCAUCGUAGAUGGAGAGCUGUAUACUGGGACAGUGGCAGACUAUAGGGGGAACCGACCAGUUAUCUCCCGGCAUCUCAGUGAGGGCAGGCGUGUUGACCUGAAGUUGGAUGACACAUUAGGAUGGCUGGAGGAUCCAACCUUCAUCAGCUCCAGUUUCAUUCCUGAUGAGGAGAAGAUCUACUUCUUCUUCAGUGAAGUGGGCAGAGAGUAUGACUUCAUCGACAAAUUUAUUGUCUCUCGUGUUUCUCAGAUCUGCAUGAGUGACAUUGGCGGCCAGAGGACCCUGCAGCGACGCUGGACCACAUUUGCAAAGGCUCAGCUGUUGUGCCAGGCUGACAAUGAGCUACCCUACAAUGUGAUCCAGGAUAUUGACACCCUCCCACCAGCAGAGGGAGCUUCUGCAGAUGACACUCUGUUUUAUGGCAUCUUCACCUCACAGUGGUCUGUCAAUUCUGGACAAUCAGCAGUGUGUUCAUUCCGUCUGAGUGACAUCAAAUCAGUUUUCUCUGGUAACUACAAAGUCCUGAACCGAGACACGUUACAGUGGAGCACACGUGUUCAAGAGAAGGUCGCAAAUCCAGGAGAGUGUGGACUGCACAAUGCAUCAGACAACGCCCUGCGCUUUGUCAAAGAAAAUUUCCUGACAGACGACAGUGUUCGGCCAGUUGGAAGAAGUCUGACCAUGGUGUCUGCUGAGUAUAAGUACAGCCACCUGACUGUCCAGAGAAUCCAGGCUGCCAACAGCAGAGACUACACUGUCCUGUUUCUGCUUACAGAAUCUGGUUAUCUACACAAAGCAGUGCUGCUGCCAAGUGGGGCCCAUAUCAUUGAGGAGGUCAAGGUCUUUGAACAGACUCAGCCUAUCAAGAGCCUGAAGCUAUCCAUACCCAAGGUAAACACUGAGAGGGCCAUUUACUCCAUGUGUCCUGUAUAAGAUGAUUACAUGACAUGACUAAACACAUUACAUGAAAAUAUAUUGUAUAAUUAUAUGACAGAUACAAAAAGUGGGAACAUUUAAAAUAAAUAGAAUAGAAUAAAAGCAAAUAAGACCAAAAAAACACCAAGAAUGAUAAAAAAUAAAGUAUAGUUGGUAUAGAUAGAAAGAUAUUGAUUCAGCCAUUAAUAAAAUGGAGGGGUAGCAAGGCUUAUCAAUCUGUAUAAGGUGUGACAUCCUAUGUCCUUUACCCUUGACUAGGUGAAGCAUCCCUCUUCCUGGAUGGACAGAGAUGCAAUAGAUGUUGCGUGUAACAGAGCACAUAAAAAUAAAUUAAUAUUUAAAACAUUCAUGCGAACAGACAGUGUCUAACAUACAUGGAAUAGUGUAUCAAUGUUUAUAGCAAUUAUGCAAAAUAUGAAAGCGAUUAAGGGAGCAGCAAUGACAUUUGUAAUUAAUGACAGUUGUAUUGUCAGUAAGAGUAGUGGGCAGGAACAUUAUAUAUCUAAACAAUCUAGUUCUAAUCAUAGUCCACGAUCAGUUGCCACCACAAUCCACAAUGUAGCCGCGGCCGCAAUCCUGGAUCUGCGACGGUAAAGUACAAACGCGCUGGGGAAGAGGUCAUCUACGAACAUGUUUUGAUUGAACAUUAAUGUGAUCAAGAGGGAGAGGAGUAAAGGGAUGCUCCAUGUGUCCCCCGACAAACUUUGCCUAUAGCAGCAUAACAUGUUUAUAUUAUCGUAUUUUUAUGUUUUACCUUGUAAUACUAUUGUGUGCUUUUUUUAUAUUGUGUCUUUUAUUUUACUUUUUUUAUAAACUGGAUGCAGGCACAAUAACACAUUCAUCUUCAUUUGAUAGCUGAAGGCUCCUACUCUUAAAACGUUUGAGGCA